UUUGUCCGCAGGUGAGCGGCUGUUGAGGAAGACAACGACGUAUGUGGAGUGGACUACCGAGAAACCGUCCAAAAUGGCUCUAAUAUAACUUUUAUUAUAGGAAUGUGAUUUAAGAGGACUCAAAAUCCACAAUGGUGAAUCUAGGUAAGUUAAUUUUAUUGUAUUUCCCCAGAGUUAAAGGAUACAUGGCUAAGUUGCAUACUAAACUUUUUAGGCGUGGUCUGCGCGCACGUUACCUGUACACUCGAAGUAAAAGACCCGCGUGCACUCGCUGAUAUUUGACUAUCGCGAUAUAGUGCAUCUGUAAUUUUUAUGCUCUAUUUUUUCAUCGGUAAAGUUCAGCGUGUAUUUUCUAUUUUGAUUAAAAUUUCACCCACUUUUGCAUCUGCUUGUCUGGGUUCGAAUAAAGCCCAGACAGCUCAUCCCCAAUUCUACACAGGCCUAUAUAACGUGACAUGAAAAUUAAAUCCAAACUCGGUGAAGCUAUCACACAUAUCCGAAUAGAUACAAGAGGCACUGCACUGUACCUUAGUAUCUAGGCUAACAUUUGGUGUCCAUACAUUCUUUUGAGUUGUUAGGAAAAUUUCUUAUCACAGUCUUAUCUGACAUUAGAGGGACAAUAUGCUAAGAAUAAGAAGAACUUUAUUAAUCCCCAAAGGGAUACUCAAUGUGAUGUGUCUACUGGAAUAACAGACAAUAUUAGAUUAACAAUAUUAAGACCUAAAACAUGAGAAGUAUUUCCACAACACCCACCCGCAGAAAUGAGACAGACCACCUGCAGGAGUCUGUCCCUGGGCCCUUGGGUCAUGUAAAUGUUGUGUUGGUUGUUUGUAGAACCCCACCCAAAGCUUUGUUUUGCUGGUCAAAAAAGGGGGCUUACCUGGCCUCCGCUGGGUUGUUUCAUUUUUUUAGGGAGGACUUCAACAUCCCUUUUAAGACUUCAUUUUUUAACUGACCCCAAGAUCUGAAGCCAUCUCAGGGAGUUUAAUUUGUGCUAACACAAAAGUGCCAGACAGCUUUUACACUAAUUCUUACCAUAUUUCACGUAAAGCUUUUCUUGUAUCUCAAUUCAAUUCAAAACAAACCUUUUUGUGGAUUGUAAUCUUCAUCUUGUACACUCCACUGGUCCCUGUAAACAACUAAUUUACACACAGCUUUUAUUUACGAACUCAUGCUGCACAGUCUCACAAUAUGAACCAUUGUACAAUCGAGCAAUGUAUUUGUUUACCUCUAAAUAUUCUCAGAAACCAUGUUGCAUUGAAUUCUUUUUUUUUUGCUUACUCCAGGAGUAUGCUGUGCCAGCCUCAAGGAUAACAAAACCCUGAUGAAGAUGGGGCUGGGGCUGGUACUGGUGGGCCAUGUCAACUUCCUUCUUGGAGCUCUUGUGCAUGGCGCUGUGCUCAGGCACAUUAAUGUGCACACUCAAGCUAGGACAAUGGAGUAUGCUAUCUCUAAUGUCAUUGCCAUUGUGGCAGGCUUGGUGGUAAGUUAAGGAAACAUAUUAAACAUUGUGAAAAUCUGUAAAUUAUGUCAAGGUAUCUUGGUCCUUAGCCUUGAUUUUUUAGUUGUAAUAUUGUCAUAUUGAUCUGUCUUUUUACGGAACAUAUUGUGCUCCAUAGGGAAUCAUCAGUGGAAUAACGGCCAUUGUCCUGUCCAAAAACAAGAAAAACAGGAUCCUGGUAAAUGCUGCUCCCCUCUCUCUGCCACAGUUCCUUCUUUCCCAGUUGAGCACACACAGCUGUCAUUUGCCGGCUCCUGUUAGAACUUGCCCGUUGUUUUAGAGUGAGAGUAGGCAAGUGUGUCUGACUAAAAAUGCUAGUUUUUCAAACUGGUCAAACUUCUAUUCUUGCAAAUGUACAAAUCAUUUUGGUGCUUCAGCAUUUUGUGUUCUUUCACUUCUUUUCACCUCUAUCAGACAUGAGUUUCAAUUUUAAGGCUCCUGUCAGGAAAUUCUGGAUUUCUGAGCCCCUUAUUGAAAAAGCUGGAUCUCUUUUCUUUGCUGAUUUUGUCUUUUGUACAUGAAAGUAGUUUUUUUUUCAUGAAAAAUCCCAACCCUUCUUUCAUUUAACUAAGGGUGACCAUAUUUUAAGUACCAAAAACCGUGACACUCGACCCAGCAAUGAGAUACUCAAAUGAUAAUUGAAGUUUACUCAGAGAUGCCUUUUAAUUUCAAUACAUUUAAAGUAUACAUGCUCUGUAUAGAUAGAAAAUUUUUAUAUUACCAAAUACUAUCUAAAACCAAAGAUAGGCUUCUCAGAGGCUACUCAACAUGUUUUAUUUGGACAAGUUUUAUAAAUAACAAAUGAAAUAAUGUCUUGCGUAUCGAUAUUAAAAAAAUACCGCUGCUAUAUUAGCAAUCCAACUUUAACAAAAAAGCUCUCACAAACUUACAAAAACUAACUACAAGUAUCUAUAUCUUAAAGGGAUAUUCUGGCUUAAAAUUAAUUUAGGGUCAAACACACCAUAACACCGAGUUAGACACCCUGUCGAGAGAUUAAUGUUGCCGACCUCCUGCUUCUCUAGUUAUACCAAUUUUAGUCACGACCGCACAAUAGCAAUACACAGCAAUCUCAGGAGCCAUAAACAAACCUCAACCAAAAAGCCACUCUAUGGCCAUAAACAAUGCUCAGAGCAGCACCUAACUUCAUCAACAGUAUAUAUAGGGUCCUAGCCAUGGCACUAGCCACCAAACAUCUUUUUAGCUUUUUAGCCUAAUUUCUUUAGCAAAGAGACUAAACACAACUCACCUACUCUCUUCCAGCAGCCGCUUGUUUGUAGCGAGACCUCGGGCCAAUCCAUUACAGACUGCAGCGGAGUGACGCAGCUCAAGGAAGAACAUUUAUGAUCAUUUAUUUAUCAUUUCCUUGAAGUAAUAAUCAUCAUAUUAAUCAUUUUGCACUGCAGACAUGGUAGUUCUUCUGCCUUAGCGUCUCGGUCUGAUUGCAUUUCCAUGAGGGAAUUAUCUUAAAUGUUUUUCCUUGAGCUUCGCCGCCCCCGCAGCAGUCUGUAAUGGUUCGUAACUGGCCCGAGGUCUCGCUACAAUCAAGCGGCUGCUGUAAGAGAGUAGGUUAGUUGUGUUUAGUCUCUUUGCUAAAGAAAUAAGGCAAAGUUAAAAACAUGUUUGGUGGCUAGUGCUACGGCUGGGACCCUACAUGUACUGUUGAUGAAGUUAGGUGCUGUUCUGAGCAUUAUUUGUGGCUAUAGAGUGGCUUUUUGGUUGAGGUUUGUUUUUAGCUCAUGAGGACCACUGUGUAUUGCUAUCAUCUAGUCAUUACUAAAGUUGGUAUAACUAGAGAAACAAGUGAUCAGCAACAUUCAUCUCUCUACAGGGUGUCAAACUCCGUGUUAUGGUGUGUUUGACCCUAAAUUAAUUUUACGUUCGAUUAUCCCUUUCAAUUUUUGUCUUCAUCCUAGUGGCCCAAUGAAAAACAAUGAAAACCAGAACGUUUUCAUGACUUAAUGAAAAAAAAAGAAAAAAAAAAAAAACAGGAUGGGAAAACAGGACAUUUGGUCACCCUAUUUUAACUUUGAACUACAGUAUAAAUCUUUGAGGGGAAAAUGCAAACCCAUGCUGCACACAGCACAACCUCCAGCAGAUGGCAGUGGUAUGGAGCAUUAAAAUGUACAUCACAGAAAUAACCAGUCCUGUUGUUGAUGAUAUUGCCACCUUUUGUUCCUCAUUUGGUAGCAUCAAUAGCAUUUUAAGUAUUAUGGGUCAUGUUUCCUCUUACAUACUGAGUCUGUGUUGUUCCUGACAGCAAUGGGUCCUGUUGGUCUUCAGCUUCAUUGCGGGUCUUCUGGCAGUUGCCUCAAUCUUGGGCUUGUCGGUUUCUAUAGUGAAAGCCAUCAUUCACAAAGGAUGGAGCCUUCUGACACACUGCAAGUUUUCUGACAAAGAUGUCGGCUCUUCCAGCAUCACAUAUGAAUGCCCUUUUGACCCCACUCGCAUCUAUGUAAGUUGAAAUAAUUAUUUUUAAUUUCUCUCUGAAUUUUUUAAAAUCUGGUAAUUGAUCUGAUUUGAUCUGCUUAUUAAUUUUGUAUCUUGAUUAUGUCUGUGUGUUGAACCAGGGGACAACAAUCAUUCUGUGGGUGCCUCUCAUUUUGAUGUGUCUGGUAGAAACAGUGUUUUCUUUCCGCUGCUUUGCUGCCUGUACUUCAUUCCUCUACCUCUGUCCGUGCAGAAAGAGACCAAUUCGGGCCAAAAGGGUGAGUUGCUGCCAAACUAUUAACACUGAAAGAUAAAUACUGAUUGUAAAGGACAAGACCUUUCGUACGAAAGAGAGUUGAAUAUUUUGGUAUUUAUCUCUGUCACCUUUUUUAAGUAACAUCAGUCAGACAGGAGCUUAAAACUGACAAGUGUUACUGGGGUAUUUGUUAGAAGAGCAGAAACGUAUGUAUGUUUACUGUGGAGGAAAUAGGUUAGACGCUUCACUUUUAAAACAAACAGAAAAUAUUCAGUGAAACUCAUAUUUGUACUUGAUAAACAAGUAUGUUAUUUUACCAGGGAAAUCAGCACUUUUCAAGCUGUUUGUUGUUAAAAAAGGCAUACUGCACUGUAUUGAGUUCAUGAGGUUUCACAAGACCCAGCCCAUUCAAAGACUUGAGUAUAAACAUGCAUAAAAUGUUAAGUUACUAACAUUCCAAUGUCUUUGCAAUAAAUUCAGUCUGUGAUAAGUAAUAAUUUUGACUAGAGUGACUAAUAACCAGCCCAAAGAACAGACGGCUCUGUGGUCAAUUUUUCAGCUGUCAGUUUGUUAAAUUCAGGUUUGUAUAAAAAAGAAUACAGACCCCAGAAGUCAACUCUUUAUAUGUGACGUAAGGUGCAAGUCCUUUAGAGCAGCCUAUCAAGCUCUGACUGAGGUAGCUAUCAAGUAUAACCCUGAAAAUUUAAUGCAUAUUCUUGUCACAUUUGGUAAACUGUCAAUUUACAUGGUGUUUCAAUUCUGGCUUUUUAUGUGUGUUUAUCAAAUUAAUAGGUACGCAUCCAAAGAUCUGCUCCAACUUCACCCUCAUCUCCACAAGUAGAUCCGCCAACAGAUGUUGAAGCAGAGCCUGCAGAGCAGGAUGAACUGUUGGAGCCCAGCACUGCUGUUGCGCAGAGUGAAUGGCUCUGAAGCAAAGAAACCUAAUGAUAGGUUUAAAACUGUUGGGACCAAUUUUUUACAAGGCACUGUCAAUUGUGAAGUUGUUGUAUUGUUACACAUUCAAUGUCUAAAGACAUCAAGGGCUUCAGCCAGCUACGGCAAAGGCAUUUUAUUGUACCAAUAUUAUUGUUUUGGGCUACAGAGUGGUUACCUGUUUCUUAGUAUUAAUAUGGUUUGCUUCUGGAGCGAGACACUUUCUUUUCCUGAGAGCAAAAUAAUCUGGUCAUAGUCUGACUUUUGGAAGGCUAAUAAAAUAAAAAUCAAAAAGC